UCAGCGCCAGGCUGCUGGGUCCACACGGACCACAGACCACACCAGACACCCUUCUACUCCCGAGGAAGAGCCAGGGCAGCGGAGAUGCUUCCCGGAGCCUGGCUGCACUGGGCCUGCCUCCUGCUCCUGCUCAGGCUUGCCCAGCCCUGCCCUGUGGGAUGUGACUGCUUCGUCCAGGAGGUGUUCUGCUCCAUCGAGGAGCUAGCCGCCAUCCCGCGGGACAUCCCUCCCCAUGCCACGAACAUCGUCUUCAUUGAGACCUCUUUCACCAUGGUGGAAGCCAGGGCCUUCAGCGGCAGCCCCAACCUGACCAAGGUGGUCCUCCUCAACACCCGGCUCUCCCACUGGGAGCCGGAUGCCUUUGGGGGGCUGCCCAGCCUCCAGGACCUGGAGAUCACCGGCAGCGCCUUUCCCAACAUCAGCGCCAACAUCUUCUCCAACCUGACCUCGCUGAGCAAGUUCACCCUCAACUUCAACAUGCUGGAGGCUCUUCCUGAGGGCCUCUUCCACCACAUGGGUGCCCUGGCGUCCCUCCAGCUACAGGGCAACCGGCUCCAGACCCUGCCUGGGAGGCUCUUCCAGCCUCUGAAACACCUGAAGACCCUCAACCUUGCUCAGAACCUCCUGGCCCAGCUGCCCGAGCAGCUCUUCGACCCCCUUGGCAGCCUGCAGACCCUGAGGCUGAGCAACAAUGCACUCACCAGCCUGCCUCAACGUGUGUUUGCUAAACUGGGGAGCCUGCAGGAGCUCUUCCUGGAUGGCAACUCCAUUUCUGACCUGCCCCCAGAAGUGUUCUCGCAGCUCUUCUGCCUGGAAAAGCUGUGGCUGCAACGCAACGCCAUUGUACACCUGCCGCCCUCUGUCUUCUCCUCCCUGGGCAACUUGACCUUCCUGAACUUGCAGGGGAAUGCACUGUGGGAGCUGCCCGCUGACCUCUUUGCCCAGACCAAAGGCCUGAUCAGCCUGUCCCUGUCCCACAACCGGCUGGAGACUGUCUCCGAGGGAACCUUUGCCAACUUGUCCAACCUCAGUUCCCUGACGCUCUCACACAAUGCCAUCACCCAGCUCCCAGCUGGCAUCUUCAGGGACCUCAAGGAGCUGAUCAAGCUCUACCUGGGCAGCAACAACCUGACAGCCCUGCACCCAGACGUCUUCCAGAACCUGUCCAAGCUUGAGCUGCUCAGCCUCUCCAGGAACCUCCUGACCACUCUUCCAGAGGGCAUCUUCGACACCAACUACAACCUGUUCAACCUUGCCCUGCAUGGCAACCCCUGGCAAUGUGACUGCCACCUGGCCUACCUCUUCAACUGGCUGCACGAGUACAACGACCGGCUCUUUAACAUCCAGACCUACUGUGCAGGCCCUGCUUACCUGAAGGGCCAGGUGGUGCCUGCCUUGAAAGAAGAGCAGCUGGUAUGCCCCGUCACCCGAGAUCUCUUGGGCUUCCAGGCCCCAAGGAUGGAGGACAGGGAGCCAGGGAGCAGCUGGGAUCUGAUUGCAGAGGAGAGGGCAGCCUGGAGCAGGUGCACCUACAGCAACCCUGAAGGCACUGUGGUGCUUGCGUGUGACAAGGCCCAGUGUCGCUGGCUGAGUGUCCAGCUGUCUCCUAGGCAGGGCUCCCAGGGACUGAUGUAUAAUGCCACUCAGGAGUGGAAACUGAAGUCCAGCUGCGGCUACAUGAAGGUCAUUGUGUCUAUCGAGGCUCAGGCAGGGGAGCCCUAGGUGCAGGGCAUACAGAGCCAGGAGCCUGGGCAGAUGGCCUCUGCGGCUUGACCAAGCAAGAGGCAGGGGCACAGGACAGGCCGAGGCUGGUUUUUGAGAUGCAAAGGAUGGAGGCACAAGUCUGAGGUAGAGGUGGCGAGGUCCACCACCCAGAGUCUCCUCCGUCUCGUCCUUCAUUACCUCAUCUCGGAGUCUGAGACCUAACAAAGCGUUCCUUAAGCUUUGCAAAGCACCCCGUAAAAGCUGCAUCAUGGUCCAGAGAAUAAAAUAAUGCUGCUCCCCUGA